AUGAACUAUGAAGAUGAUGCUUUGAGGGCACCUGUAUGGGAUGAGCUGAACCAGAGUUCCACUAAGCAGGACAUCCCACCUGAGGCUGCUUCAGAAUUGACUGAAACACUGGCAAAUUUGAAAGUUGAUCAAACUGAUAGCGAACCAGAAACUACACAUGGCGAAGGACAUGCUGAGAAGAUGUUUGAAGAGGAAAAUCCCUUUGAUAUGCAAUCACAACAUAUUAUAGACACAGAACAGAUUAAGGUUGAGGAAACAGAUCAUGCUUUACUUGAUAAGUUAGCACCUGAAGAUGAAGGAUUUGCUACUUUAAACACACAGGAUAAUGAAUUUUCAAUGAAAAAGAAUGAUCCGUUGUUUGGGGGUUUAGUGUUUUCUCCAUUACCUAUAGAUGAUAUUACUACCUACAAUAAAAACAGUAAAAAUGAACGGUCACCAGAAAAGAGAUCUAGAAAACCUAAAAAAUUGUUCAAUGGAUCACGACUACGUCGCAGGUCUAUUCCACCUAUUUCUAAAGACGAUAAGGACGUGAAAAAUUCCACUGAUGAUCCAUUAGGAAAAAUCCAAAAGGAUAACGAGUUUGUUGAUGAACCACUUGAUCAAAUUGAAAAUGCUAAAUUAAGAGAGACUUCUUCCGAUAUUUUAAAACAGGUUGAUGAGCCCCUUUACCAUUUAUCUCCAAGGAAACCGUCUAAUAAUUCCACAGCUUCAAGGGAAGAGAAUACUGAGAAGACCGAUAUGAAAACAGCAAAGGAGAAGAAGUUGAUACCAUUCAAUAUUGAAGUCAAGGAUCCUAUAAAGGUUGGCGAGUUGACCUCGAUACAUGUUGAAUACACAGUCAUAUCAGAAUCGCCCUCCUUAGAAUCAAAAUUUGCAAGUGUAACAAGACGUUAUAGGGAUUUUAGAUGGCUGUACAGGCAGUUGCAAAAUAAUCACUGGGGCAAAAUUAUCCCAGCACCGCCUGAAAAGCAGGCAGUAGGCAGGUUUCAGAAUGAUUUUAUAGAGAAUAGACGAUUUCAGAUGGAACACAUGCUGAGAAAGAUUUCCCAGGAUCCAUUUUUGCAGAAUGAUAAGGACUUUCUUCUAUUCUUAACAAGUGAUAAUUUCUCCAACGACUCCAAAUUACGAGAGCAUAUGACUGCGUCUGGUGCUUACAAUGACAAUAACGAUUUAUCAGAAAUCCAUAUAAGUGAAAUACGAUUACUGGGCCCUGAAGAUGCGACAAUUGUAAUGAAAACAGGUGGUAUUGACGCAGAGGCGAAAAAAAGUUUCAUGAACAUCUCAUUUGGUUCCACUCCCAAGUAUAAUGAACCGGAUACAUUUUUUAUUGAAGAAAAGCAAAAGCUUGAAACUCUAGAAGAGCAAUUAAGAGAACUAUACAGAGCGUUGGAGACGGUAGACACCGAAAGAGUAGAAUUAGCCUCUGCUUUGGAAGAGUUUGCAGAUUCUAUAGAAGUACUUGCAAAAUUAGAAGUAACGAGAAAAAGUUCAGAUACCCUAUCGAACUUUGCUGAAACACACAAAAGAAUUAAGGCAUCGUUAGAGAGAAAUUCUUUACAAGAAUCACUCACUAUGGGUGCGACAUUAGAUGACUACAUAAGGUCAUUACAAACUGCAAGGGCCACGUUCAACCAAAGAAGCAAGUUAGGUUAUUAUCUUGUGAUUGUAGAAAACGAUUUGAACAAGAAGCGUUUGCAGUACGAGAGAUUUUCAAGUGGUAUGAAGGGAAUUAGUAACAAUAAAAAUAACGAGAAAUUAAAUAUCUUGAAGAGUGAGUUUGAAGUGGUUGAGCAAAGAUUUAAUAAAAUUAGGAAAUCUUGGGAAGAAACUGGGAAUGAAAUAAAAAAUGAAAUUAGUGCAUACAAAAGAGAGAAAGUGGAAGAAUUUAGGAACAACAUGGAAAUAUCGCUAGAAUCAUCUAUUGAGACACAAAAGGAAUGCAUUGAGUUGUGGGAAACAUUCUAUCAGAAUAAUUUAUAA